GGUGUCACCAACGGUGGCAAAAGCACCCUGAUCGCCAAGGCGCUCCCCAACUGCUGCGUGGUCCACCAGGACGACUUCUUCAAGCCACAAGAUCAAAUAGAAGUCGGGGAAGACGGCUUUAAACAAUGGGAUGUGUUGGACUCCUUGGAUAUGGAGGCAAUGGUGAGCACUGUGCGGGCGUGGAUUGAGAACCCAGUGAAGUUUGCCCGUUCCCAUGGGGUGAAUGUUACGCCUGGCUCUAAAGAGCCAGCCUCCAAAGAUACCCAUAUAUUGGUCAUUGAAGGCUUCCUGCUUUAUAAUUACAAACCACUGAUAGACCUGUUUGACGUACGCUACUACCUGGCAGUUCCGUAUGAUGAAUGCAAAAGGAGGAGAAGUACACGUAACUACACCGUUCCUGACCCACCGGGGCUGUUUGACGGACACGUCUGGCCCAUGUACUUAAAACACAGGAAAGAAAUGGAGGACAGCGGUGUUGAUGUCGUUUAUUUAGACGGACUGAAGUCUAGAGAUGAACUUUACAAUCAAGUCUUUGAAGAUAUUUACAACAAGCUUUUAAAUUGCUUAUAG